AUGUAUGUUAAUCUAUAUCCCCGCAACACUACGUACUCAGCUUACCUCGCAUAUCUAGUCGGCGGACAAGGCAUCACGUCCGGAUUCCGAGAUGCCAUCUCCCUCGCUUGGCGUCUCUCCAUCGCCUGCUCAUCCAAACGCCAUCUCGACUACGAACGCCUCUUCGAAGGAUGGUACCUCGAGCGAAAGCAACAGUUAGACAAAUCCCUCGCCGCGACCGUCCGCAAUGGAGACCUCGUCAACGGUAAAAGUUUCAUGCACAGCUUCAUCCGCAACUGGGGUCUCUGGUUCCUCCAACUCAUUCCUAGCUGGAAGCAUUGGCUCGAGCAAGGCCCUCGUGGUAAUGGACCGACGCAGUACAUCCACUCACCAGGGAUGCCGUUCAUCCCUGAAAUGUCUGGUGGCCUCUGUUUCCCACAGACAUAUUGCAUCUCCUUGCACAACAAUGCCGAGGCGCAAUUCACCGACGACGUAAUCUUCGCCGAGAAAAGAACGCCCUUCCAGCUCGUGGUACUUCUGAACCAUCCUAAAGAGCGGGAUAUUGCGGUCCAAGACCUGGGAAGCAUCAAGGCCAGUCCCCUUCUAUCCCCAGAGGAAGCAACCUUUUUCGUCCCCCGCAGCAAUUGCGCCAAUCUUGUUGACCGGGCGGGUACUUGCGAAUACCCGCUCUUCCGCAGCGCCACUGGCGACGAAUUCGGCCGGUCGGCGCUGUGUGAAUCCCGCCCGCUGCCGCGGGGAUACAAUGAGAUGUUGAUGUGGCAGAGCGUUCGAGGGAAACGGUAUGUGGUACUGCGGUUGGAUCGGUUUGUGUUUGCGGCUUGUAAGGAUCGAGUUGAGCUUGCGAAAGCGGUUGCCCAGUUGAAUCAGUCGUUUGAGUCGUAA